GUCCUCCACCAGCGUCAGCAGCAAGUGGAUGGGCAGGGCUGUGCCUGCUGCUCUCAGGUUUCCCUCUACCCCAGUCACUCGUCCCUCAUACAGCUGCAGGUGUGCACCUGGCCGGGGAAGAUGCUGCUGCAGGCUGUCCCUGGGUUAAUGUGGCUCUGGCAGAGCAUGCCCUUUCAGACACUGGUCGUGUUCUUAGGCCUGUUCCUGCUGAUUGCUGACUGCAUGAAAAGGAGACGGCCGAAGAAUUUCCCUCCAGGACCUUUGCCCCUGCCCUUCGUGGGCCACAUGUUCCAUCUGGAUUUCAAACAGCCCCAUUGCACCAUAGAGAAGCUUGCUGGAAAAUAUGGCAACAUUUUCAGCAUGCAGUCUGGUAACCUGACAUUUGUGAUUGUAAAUGGAUUCCAGCUGGUGAAGGAAGUGCUUGUCCAUCAGGGUGAAUACUUUCUUGAUCGCCCACAAAUGCCUCUUAUCUACGAAAUCUUCGGUAUGUUUGGAUUAGUCACCUCUAAUGGACAUGGCUGGAAACAACAAAGAAGAUUUGCUUUAUCAACUCUAAGAAACUUUGGCCUGGGGAAGAGGAGCUUGGAAGAACGAAUACAGGAGGAGAGCAGAUACCUCACAGAUGAAAUUGAGGAAGAAAAAGGGGAACCUUUUGACCCUCACUUUAAAAUUAACAAUGCUGUUUCCAACAUUAUCUGUUCCAUCACUUUUGGGGAAAGGUUUGACUAUCAGGAUAGUCACUUCCAGAAGUUACUGCAGUUGAUCGAUGAGACUUUGUACCUCCAGGGAACUAUUUGGAACCAGCUGUAUAACGCCUUCCCCACCAUAAUGAAGUGGAUACCUGGACCCCAUCACACCAUUUUUAAAAACUGGGAAAAACUGAAGUGUUUUGUGAGGGAAAUGAUUGCAAAGCACAAAGGGGACUGGAAUCCAUCUGAACCCAGAGACUUCAUUGACUGUUAUCUGAAGGAAAUUGCAAAGGCUGACGCCGACCCCAGUUUCCAUGAAGAAAAUCUCUUAUUUUCCACACUGGAUCUUUUUUUUGCUGGAACUGAGACAACGUCUACAACCCUCCGCUGGGCUCUGCUGUACAUGGCCAUAUAUCCAGACAUUCAAGAGAGAGUGCAAGUGGAGAUUGACACAGUGAUUGGCCAGGCUCGCCAGCCAGCCAUGGGCGACAGGGACAACAUGCCAUACACCAAUGCAGUUAUUCAUGAGGUGCAAAGGAUAAGCAACAUCGUGCCUUUAAAUGUGCCCAGAAUGGCAACUAGUGACACAACACUGGCCGGAUUCUAUGUGCCAAAAGGCACCAUUUUGAUUCCCAAUUUGACAUCCGUGCUGUUUGACAAGAAUGAGUGGGAAACCCCUCAGACUUUUAAUCCUAAGCAUUUUCUGGAGGAUGGUCAGUUCAAGAAAAGAGAAACUUUCCUGCCAUUCUCUGCAGGAAAGCGUGGUUGCCUUGGUGAGCAGCUGGCUAGAAUAGAGCUGUUCCUGUUCUUCACCACCCUCCUCCAGAAAUUCACAUUCCAAGCUCCGAAGGACGUGAAGCUAAGUCUUCAGUUCAGAAUGGGAGUUACUCUCUCCCCACAGCCAUACCAGAUCUGUGUGCUGUCUCGGUAGGGAAAGCCAGGACAUUUUGGUCGUUGCCCCAUUUCUCAAAAUAAUUAGGGUUUGCUGUGCUUGUAUAUAGGGCUGCAUCUGCAGUACACUAUGUCUCCAGAUUUCCCUGCCUGCCUCCAUUCUUAUAACCCAAUGGGGGCCCAAUAUCAGCAACUGGACGAUUUGGGAACCUGAUUUAGGAAAAGGGCUCUGGCUGUUGUGAUACAUCCUACCGUGACGGCAGCUCUUCCUGAUGUCCCUACCAUACCAGUCUGUGUGCAUGUACACUCAGGAUGGCCUAAGAAUUCUCACUCCCAUAUCAAUCUGGUUGAAAAAAGAUAAGUAUAUUUCAUGAAUUCUUUCAAAAGGAACAUUUGGUUUCAUUUGCAGUUUUUCAUGAAAUACAGUAUUUAGUUUUUCAAUGGAAACUUUUCAAAACAAUUUUUUUAACAAAAAUUUCACUGAAAAAAACACAACCAGGAGAGAACUUAAAAAAGUUAAUACUAAUUCAUUUUUAAAACCUGCCCACAUUGGGAUUUGAAUUCCUAACCUAUACAACAGUAUUAGGGCUCUACCCUGCUGCCAGGAGAGUGGCUGAGAAACCACAUGGACUUCAGAUCAGGGGAGGGCAAACUAUGGCCCACGGGACACAUCCAGCCCAUGAGACCAUCCUGCCUGGCCCCUGAGCUCCUGGCCGGGGAGGCUCGCCCCCAGCCCCUCCCCCGCUGUUCCCCCUCCGCUGCAGCUACGCCGCCACGCGGGCAGUGUGCCUUGCAUCCGCCCACCUCCCAGGUUUUCAAAUAAGCCUGUCCUGCCGC